AUGGAGCAAACAUUGGAAAACCUAAGCGAACGUCGGGAUCUCAUCAUGGAGAAAAUGCAUCGCAUUAAAAAGGCGAUAUACAAGGAUGAAGCGAACAACAUACACUACCUGACUCUUCAGCAGCAAACAAUCCAGAAGUCCUACGAGGAAUUCGAUUCCGUUUACAACGAAGCAGUCGGUCUCGUCGCCAGGGAUAGAAAAGGUGAAUGGAAAACCAUUUACCUUGAUUUCGAAACACUCCAUGCCGACUUAUAUGUGAAAGUGCAGACAAAGAUAGCUGACUUGAAGCGCGAUGAUUCAAGUCGAGCUUUGGCACAAAACGCCAAUGCGUCGGAAUCCCUUCCGAGAACACAGAUGAUACACAACGUCCCUCACUUACAAGUGCCAUUGCCUACAUUUGAUGGAAAGUUGAAAAACUGGCACUCAUUUAAAUGUAUGUUCCAAACCGUGAUGGGUCGGUAUCCAAAUGAGUCGCCAGCGAUCAAAUUGUACCACCUAAAAAACACACUGAUUGGCAACGCAGCAGACAAAAUUGAUCAAGAGGUAAUUAAAAACAACAACUACGACGAGUCGGCAUGGCGAUUGUGGGAAGAUGCAUAUGAGGAUGAGCGAUUGAUCAUCGAUACUCACAUCGAUGCGUUGCUAGAUCUGCCUAAGUUGAUCAGAGAAAACGGCGAUGAGAUGCGAAAAUUGGUGGAGACAUGCACAAAGCAUGUAGAUGCUUUGAAAACCCGGGAGCUCCCGGUAGAAGGCCUGUCGGAGCUGAUUCUUAUCAACUUGAUCAGCAAGCGGAUGGACAGAGAAAGCAGAAAGUUGUGGGAGUCGUCAUUGAAUCGCGGCGAACUCCCAUCAUUCGAGGUUCUGAUUGAUUUCCUUAAAGAACGAAGCCGUGUCCUUCAGAAGUUGACGAACUACACCCACAUCAAUCACCCGCAGGUAGCAGCAAAACUCGGACAGCAGCAGGUACCGAUAAAGCCUAAACAAACGAAAAUGUUCGUUCAAACAAACAAGGAAUCGUGCCCGUGCUGUUCCAAUCCCCACUCUAUAUAUAAGUGCACCGAGUUCAAAAAGCUACCUGGUGCCGAGCGCUUUGACAAGGUCAAGAAGGCAGGUCUAUGUUUUAACUGUCUGCGCCCAGGACAUCGUACAGUGGAUUGCACAUCGGACCAGCAUUGUAAAAUCUGUGCUAAGCAUCACCACAGCUUCCUCCACAAAAAGCGCUCAGAAGAUUCCAGGAAGCAAACUGAGAUCAACCAACCGAAGAAUUCAGUGGAGGCUGAAAAGAAAGAAGAACCACCAGCUGCACCUGAGCAGCGCAUAGUCAGCUGCUGCACACAAACGCAACCAAUAUCGAAGCAAAUAUUUCUGUCUACAGCGAAGAUCGUGGUGUUCGGUUCCGGUAAUGCAACUACGACAUGUAGAGCGUUGCUGGACUGCUGCUCUGAGUCCAACAUCAUCACGGAGAGGUUGGCGAAGAAACUCAACAUGCAGUUGUUAGUAAUGAAUCCGCCGAUUACGAUCUGCGAACUGAACGGGAUGAAGACAACGGCCAACAAGGUUGUCCAUACGAAGGUGUCGUCUCGAGAUGGCGAGUUUUCUGCUGUUUUUGAUUUUAUAGUGACCCCAUCAAUCACCGAGCUACCGACAGGUAAGGUAGAAAUCCAAAACUGGCCACUCCCUGCUGGCAUCAAGCUAACAGACCCACCGUUUGAUGUUCCGGAUGUCGUCGAUGUGAUUAUCGGCGCUGAAAUAUUCUACGACAUUCUAAGGAAGGGACGUGUGAAGAUAGGAAGUGACUUCCCGACACUGGCUGAAACUGUGUCCGGGUGGGUCGUCAGCGGUUCUGCGGGGACCAAGCAAUCGGCUGUCCAAAGACGAGUCUGUCAGCUAGCAACCACGUAUGAAGAUGUCAACCGUACUCUCUCCAGAUUCUGGGAACUGGAGGCAGGGUAUCACACCAGCAAGAUGACCUCAGCAGAGCGUGCUGUAGAACAACAUUUCGAUGAAUCGCACAGCCGAAACAAUGAGGGGCGGUACGUUAUUAGACUGCCAUUCAAUAAUCUCAAGGGUCAACUGGGCGACUCUUAUGAGAAUGCGAAGCGCCGACUUGGAAGGCUGAUGGUCAGUCUUACCAAAAACCCAUCCAAGCGAGAAGCCUACACGCAAUUCAUGACAGAAUAUGCGACUCUGGGCCAUAUGCAAGAGGUAAGCCACAACCCGGAGGAAGGCUACUUCUUACCGCACCACGCAGUCUACAAGGCCACCAGCUCGACUACAAAAGUGGUUUUUGAUGCCUCGGCGGCGUCAACGACAGGCAUAUCUCUCAACGACACCCAGCUGGUAGGACCAACAGUGCAAAGCGACUUGGUCACUAUCAUGCUACGUUUCUGUACGCAUCAGGUAGUGCUAAUAGCGGAUGUACCUAAGAUGUACCGGCAGGUACUAGUACGAUCGAAAGUAUCAGAGAAUUGUGUGGUUCAACGACGCGAACGAAAUGGCUACCUUUGA